AUGCUCCAGGAAAAGACGCAACAUCCUCACUAUGUGGAUAGCACGGUGCUAUUCAAGCAUGAACAAAGCGAAUCAACCUUGGUCGUCUUGUCAGAAUGGUCUGCCGUGGAGAAACACUCGCACACAGGCUCUGACACAUUCGCCCUCUACUUUCCAGAGUCAAUGAACCUCCAGUACGACAAUGAGCUGGAGUAUCAGCUUGCCAAAGAUAUACGAAAAUGGUCAUUCUUUCCUCUCCUUCCACCCAAAUUUCAGCAGCUUGCCGUCCACCUCUCACAUCUCUGCUCAUACAAAGCUGAUUUGAGCUACGAGCGCAGAGUUCUGCUACAUCACCACGUAGCGUGGAUCUUCUUGAUGGAUGAUGUCACGGAGAUGAUGCCGUUGUACGGCCUUCAUGAUACCGCUGGAAAGCUGUACCUCGACAACCUCAGAAACAUCAUCGUCGGUGGCCAACUACACGACAUGACCCAGUUCAAGGACAAAUGUCCAGUGACGCUCAUCGAUGCAGCCCUCUUGGCACAACAGAUUUUGGCAGAAGACCUGAUGCCUCUAAAGCGGCAGCUGCUCUCACGGCAGCACGUGAAACUAUGCAGCGAUCUCCUCGUUCAGUUCUUCGACUACGAGUAUGACGAGGGCAAGAAGUUCUGCACCGAAGCCUCCUCACAAGAGGUGCUCCAAACAAGGGCCAUCACGGUCGGUGGCUUGAUACCCAUGGCCCUGACAAUGACUUCCAAGCAAGCAGAGCAAUGCGCGCUGAAUAACUCGGAGAUGAUUCAAGCUUCCGUGUUGAUGAUUCUGAUCAACGACAUCAUUGGCCUGUACAAGGAUCUCAAGGCGGUCGAGCAGCAAAACGAUGGUUCGGCGUACUUGAACCUCGUCCGAGUGGGAAUACGAGAACAAAAACUCACUGAACAGGACGCACUCAGACUCUAUAUUGACAAGCUCAAUCGACUGACCUGGUCCGUCGAGUUUUACCAGCUGGCGUAUCCGUCGUCCCGGCAGGGCCUGCAGCGCGAGUGCUUGAGGCUGGCCUUCAACUAUCUGGACUAUCACUUGUAUGGCAUCAUGGGCAAACCAAACAAUCGAUAUGGAUGGAAGCACAAGAGCCAGGGUUGA